GUGAGACUUUUAAACAACUUCCGGUUCCGCCUCCGUGUGAGUCAGAUGUGAGAAGAGAAUUCGUGUGAAAAUGGAAGUGAAUGCAGCCUCUCCAAACAUCUUGGGGGAAAGUAAAGCUGGAUAUGUCCUAAGUAAUGUUGCCGAGGUCGUGGAGAGGAUUUUGACAUUUGUCCCGACUAAAAAUCUCCUCCGGAUAGCAAGUGUGUGCAGGCUGUGGAGGAACUGUGCACGCAGAGUCCUGAGGACGCAGCAGAGACUGACCUGGCUCUCUGCCUCUGGCUCAUCCAUAUACCAGGAGCAUGUUUUGCUUAGAACUAUGGCAGAAGACUUGGAGAAGAUCUAUGUGCUGCCCCAAACAGCUCUCUUAAUGGUGGAUGGGGAAAACUUCAGCUGGCCUUUUAGCUACAGACACAAAAAGGCCAGGAAGUCUGAGAAUGAAGUAGAGUCAGAUCCUGUUGAGAAGCUGAGACGCUUACUGCCUAGCACUUGUGAUUUAAUAGGCAUCGUCGCAUCAGGAAUUGUGGUGACCCCCAGUGGUUCACCCAGCAGCCCCCCAGAAGAGCACGAAGAGGGUGAAGCUGGCUUCAGUCUGCUUUUCCCUGCCAUGGAUGGGGUCACCAUCCGGCCUUUUCACUUCUGCAAAAAGAGCCUCAGUGAAUCAGCAAUGGAGGAAGCAGGGUUGAUCAAUAACCCUGAUCUAAAGGUGGUGCUGAUGUUUGACUACGAGACCUGGAAAGCUGGAGGUCGGUGCUUUCUUAAAAAGCUUCUUGAACCUCUUUCUCAAAAUAAUGUACUUAUUGUUGGAGGACAAGUUGAGAGGACCUUUUCCAAUAACACAACCUGCUGUUCGCCAGGCUCUUUUGGUGCAGUAGGACUGACCUUCAGUGGCUCCAAGAUCCAGGGCGCCUCAGUGCUGGUGGACCAGGACGUAAGCAGCCUGAAAGCAGCAGAGGCCACUAUCCAGCGGCUGAAGGCUGCUAAUAUCCCAGAGAGAAACACCAUGGGCUUCAUGUUUGCCUGUGUGGGCCGUGGCCACAACAGCUACAAUAACCAGCGUAACGUGGAGGCCAGCGCUUUCCGGAAGAUCUUCUCCAACAUUCCACUCCUGGGAUUCUUUGGCAAUGGGGAGAUCGGCUGCGACCGUAUUGUCAAAGAGAGCUACACAUUGAGCGAGACAGAUGCUGAUGGACUACAGCACUCUUUUACUACGGUCAUGAGUCUGGUGCAUUUUGGCUAACACAAACUCAAAACUGAGACCGUUGUCAUGGCAAAUGACAAGGAAUCCCAUUGUCAACUUGGUUUUCAGGACAGAUGCCGACUGCUUGUUUAAGUUAACCGAUGGUGAUCAGGUAUAAUUCUCCAAGGUUCUUUCCUCUGACUUUUUUUUCUUCUUAAUUCAGGAUGUCAGUGGGACAUUCGGCAUUAAAAAGCAACAACAAAAACAAUUAGGGAAGUUAAAACCUUGACCUUUUACUUCAGUUUAUACUUAAAAUGUUUUUAUUUUUUAUGUGUAGAGCACAGCUUAAAUCUGUCAACAGUUUUCUUGUGGGCUGUAUGGCUCUCUUCAGGCCUUCUAUACAAAUAGUUUGUAAAAUUCACGCACUUGUAAGAAAAAAAAAAUAAAAAAUGAAAAGGUAAUUGUGAUGGAAUGGCUAAUGAUGUAGCCUUUCAUCAGCCUUGGUACGGCUUAUGGGACUUUGGUGGGAAUUCCGCUAUCCUCACUUGCCAUGUCCAAUAGCAAGUGCAGGAAGAGUAUUCACAAUGAAAGGCAUAUCUGGCACAUAUCUGUAUACUGUAACAAUUGACUUGCUUGCGGUUUUUAGUGUCUAGAUUGGAAUAAUAAAGGACAGAAGCGGAAAAAGUUGAAUUUCUUUGUAAUAUAUCAGUGUAUUUACUCUGCCUGUCCCAAUCAAAAUCCUGUAAAAAUCCAGUUUAAUUCUAACGAGGUAAUCUUCCAUUUCAAUAUACAUCAAUUCAGUUGAGUUCUUCUUAAAGGUUAAUCAUUUGUUCUGUUCACUAGCUAAAUAACACAUUUUGUUGAUCACAGAUAAGUGAAGUCUCAAAGGGCUAUUUACCUGCAUUGUGGAGAGAUAUAUUUGCUGCAGUAUUUAGAAGGUUGAUUUAAACUGUUGUUGCCAAAUCUUUUUUCCCAACUUUGUUCAGAUCAUAUACAUAAUACUUUGCUUCAAGGAAAGUAAGUUUUACUACUGUCAAAUAUUUUCAUGGCAAUGUGUUGGUUUUUCUUCAUCUGCUGCUGGGUCGUGCAGAUAUGAGUUCUGCAUCAUGUAUAUAAUAAAAUAAAUUGUGUCAUCUGUC